CCCACCCUCCACGUGCGUUACCACGGUAACAAUCAUCAACAACAUGGCUGCAAGAGAUAGAAGGAAGUCGGCAGAAAGCAAGAAGAAAGAAGUGGAAGAAGUGAUAGACCAAGAAAAUGAAGAGCCAACGAUACAGUGGGCACUUCAAACACUGGAGCAGAUCAGCCUUCUUCGGGAACUGACUGUCGACGAAGUACAAUUGAAAUUUGAAGACGUUCUGCAGUUUAAAAACCAACAGACAUGCCUGAAGGAAGCAGCCUUGCUAGAUUACUUUGUGUCAGGUUUCUGGUGGGCCAAAGAGAUGAACUUCUCCAGUGAGCAAACAUCCUUUGUGAUGGCACUACUGCAAUCAUCAAUUGACAAUAUAAGUGAAAAGCAGAUGUCAUUUGUGGACAACUUUACCGAAUUUGGCAAAACCUUGAUUGACCUCAGGAAGACUCCCUCUGCAGAUGGCAACCCACCAUUGUUUGACGUAGAGCAAGCCAAGUCCAUAACAAAUUACUUCACUUCCAGCCUGUUCCAGCAUUACCGCAUGUACGAGUUCCUCUUCAGCCAGUCACGAGACAAGAAACUCCUGGGAAUGGAGAGGCAUAUCGAAGUGAUUGAUGCCGCCAAGCUCUUUGCCCCGCUGGAGGAGGGCAUGCCCGUUGACGUCUUCCAGCACUACUUGGCACCAGCUCAGCCCGAGUCGCCUGAAGAGGCCGCGAAGGAAAGGCGAGGAGAGGAGGAGGAGAAGGAGGAGGUGGGAGGAACGGACGAGAGGAGCGAAGGAGAAGGAGAACGAGGGGACACCCUGGAGGAGGAGGAGGAGGAGGAGGAGGAGAAGUACAGCGUGGAGGAAGUGCGGGAGGUGCUCCGAGAGAUGACCAAAGAGAUGAUGGGGAAUCUACAGGCUGAAUUUACAGAGAAGCUUCGCAUCCAAGAGGAGAGUUACACAGCCAGGAUAGAACGUCUCAAAAGCGUCUCAUCAAACUGACUCUUCCCUCCCGUGGGGUCGUGCCCCCUCCCCUGCCCCAAGGUGGAGGAAUUCCUCCCUGAUGGCUCAGCAGCGCUGGCAAACCCUGAACACAAACUGCAUACAAGCCGCACAAAUCCAUCAAUCUGAAACAGAUUUUUAUAAUCA